AUGAUUGUUAGGAAAAAGAGAAUUGAGGCACCGAAGAACGAGGGUCGAAAAUCGCAGCUUGACGUUGUCGAUUCCCAACACCUGGAGGCUGCAGUCUAUGUCUCUCCAGCCGGCCAUCAAGUGUUUUCGAUAUCUCCUCUGUCUGACGGGCCAGACGCCAAUGCCUUAACAAUGAAGUUCUUCGAAAGCACCUUCAACUACGAUUACUCUUUUCCCGCUGUCUCACUUGCCUACUUCCUCCGUUAUCCGAACCCUUACUCCCGCCAUGUCCUGACCACCGAUGUCAUCGAUCGCUAUGUCGACCCUGUCACAGAGCGCUUGCAUACCACCAGGCUGCUUCUUAAAAAAUCCAAGAUCCCCUCGGCCAUGCUGAAGUUACUACCCAAGGGAAUUGGCGGCAGCGAGAACUCAGGCCAGAGCUUCAUCCUCGAGACCACCGUUGUAGACGUGAAAGAAGGCUGGAUGCAUACAGAAUCUCGUAAUAUGGAAUGGACGGGCAUCCUCAGCGUCGUGGAAAAGCAACUAUAUCGACGCCUCCCUCCUUCCUCGGACAACGGUAAUCCCAAACCACGGACAUGGUGGUCAGGCUCGUCCAUUGACGAACCCAAAGACGAGAGGACAAGCGUGAAAACCACAGUUACGUUUCGUUCAAGUCUGGGGCAAGCGGUGCUCAAUCGCUCCAAGAAGUUUGAUGCUUCAUCAGCAGGCGAACACGGCGAUGACGAGUCUCACAGCAAACGAAGCCUUCUCGCAUCAUGGUCCACGGCCGGAAUCCAGCGCACAAUUGAGCUCGUGGGCGUGAAGCGAACGCGAGAUGCUGUUCUGAAGAGCAAACAAGGAAUGAACGUGGUUUUGGAGCGGUUAAGGAAUGGCGGAAUCGUCGGAGUCCUCGAGGGGAUGCAGCAGGAUCGUGAAGCGGGACAUGAAGGGCCGUGGAAACGUGUUUGGAUGCAUGGCGCUCACGGUCACCACGAACAUCCCCGUUCUCACAGCCAUGCUGAUGACGAUGGUUAAAGUUCCGGCUAACUCCGGGGGAAUCGAUAACUUCGACCUCCUACAUCCACGACAACGAGUGCUCAAUUGCUGUUCAAUCGCGCCGCGGUUUCGACGCAAUCUGAAAAGUUUUUUCUUCUUCAAUUACAAACUAGCAUGGUGUUCUGGCGUUGCGGUUCUGGAUUUCAAACAUCUCCUGUUCCUUUUCUGACGGAGGGAAUUUUUGCGCUACUUGCGCCUUUUGCAAAGAAGUUCUUUCUCUUCUCUUCUUUUUCUUUUUUCUGACUGUAUUUAUUAUCAUUGCUUCUUUUCUGUUGGCUGAGCAAAGAGUGGGUGACGAAACGGAAGAAAUGACCUGUUCCUGACCUGUACAUUAUUCAACCCAUCAGAGUAGACAUGGCACAUGGCGUGGGUAUGUGGAGGCAACGGUGGCGUCGAAGGGGCGCGAAAACUUGUCCGUCCUCUCGUCAACUCAUUCACUUCAUAUAUUUGCUUAUCUUGUCCUUAUCUAUUUUUGCUUC